CACAAAGGGCUGAGCUGGCUGUGGGACUUGCUCACUCGUGCAGGCGGUCGCGCGGGGCCUCACCGCACGGCCUGCCAACAACGGUCGUCGAAUGCCGCCACUUCUCGCCAGGUCCUGGGGCGCUCCGAGAAGCCCCUGCGCCCUGGUCCCCCAAGCGGGGUCGGGACCAGGUGCAGGCAGGAUGACGGAGGGCGUCCUAAGCCUCCGUCUCCCGCGCGCACUCCGGCGCGCAACAGAGACGCCGACCGUUAUCCUGGGGACGCAAGUCCCGUGGUGCCCGGCCAGGGCCUCCCACGGGUGCGUGGGCGCCUCCUGCCCCACGCUGCACUUCUGCCCCUUUUCCCCCCAGAGAAGGCUUAGGUACCAUGAGCACGUGGAUGACUUUGCGUUGCAAACCGAAGCAGAAAUGCCAAGGGCCCGCGAGGACCCAGGCACGGUUCCGGGGUGGUCCCGGCACCUCGACCUCCCCACCCAGCCCAGUGGGCGGACAGAAAAUUCGACUGCAGAUAUUCAGCCACCCAGGGACCCAAGUCUGUUGGAUAAUCCAGCUAGAAUUUCCACCCCAGGCCUGGAUGUAACUGCUGAGAGGCCCCUGCCAGCUACAGAGCUUGUGAGGAGCAGCACCUUGCAAUCCACUGCAGAUCCUCAAAGGUUCUCAAGAACCCCAGCUACAAGAGGCUACAAAAGCCCUUGCUCAUGGGAAACAACACCCCCAGGACACAACUGGGCUAUACCUCAGUGGUGAGAACUUGCCUGGCAUGCAUGAAGCUCUGGGCUCCAUCCCCAGCACCAGAAAACAGAAUCCUCAUGUUCCUGUCUCCCCUCACAAAUUCUGACUUAAUUGGGCACAAAGCCCUCUCUUUUCUCCUGUUAAAGAAGGCUCUGUACACCAGGCCUGGCAGCACAUGUUUAUAAUCCCAGCACCCAGGAGACGGAGGCAGGACCAAGUCAAGACCAAGACCAGUCAAGUUCAAGACCAGCCUGGGCUAUAGAGUGAGUUCAAGGCCAGCCUGGACUAUGUGAUGAGACCCUGUCUCAAAACUCAAACCCAAAUAAAUAAAUAAAUAAAUAAAUAAAUAAGGUUGUCCCAGUAGUGGAUAUCACCCAGAAGGUAUGGCUAGAGUGCCAGGUGCCCAAGUGAUCACAGCUUCCCAGACAUCCCCAGGCGGCCAAUUUCCCCUACAUUCUUGCCUGGGCUUCUCCAUGGCCACCUUCUUAUAUUUGGUUAUCCCCCCCCACCACCACCACCAAACACAACAAUUCAAACUAUUCCCAGCCUGCAGACAAUAAACAAAGCCAGGA